ACAAAUGUACUCUGGUAUUGCAAUGGGGUUUGGUGGGGAAAACCCUUAUGAAUGGAGAGGCAAGAUCGACGCCAUGAAGAAACGAAGCAAUGUUUUCAUUGAAGAAACGAGGAGAUUGGGAGGAUGGGGAUGGAGGAGGAUAUGUCGGGUGGGACAAGAUGAUCCGCGAAGGCUUAUCCACUCACUCAAAGUAGGGUUGUCGUUGACGCUUGUUUCCUUGUUGUAUUUGAUGGAGCCGUUGUUCCAAGGCAUCGGACAGAGCGCAAUCUGGGCUGUCAUGACUGUUGUUGUUGUGCUCGAGUUCACUGCUGGGGCAACAUUAUGCAAAGGUUUAAACAGAGGGAUUGGCACGUUGUUAGCUGGAUCACUUGCUUUUCUGAUAGAGUACAUAGCUCAAGAGUCCGGUCGAGUUUUUCGCGCUAUAUUUAUUGGAACUGCGAUUUUUGCCAUUGGGAUGGCAGCUACGUACAUUAGGUUUUUCCCUUACAUAAAGAAGAAUUACGACUAUGGAGUGGUGAUAUUCCUCUUGACGUUCAACUUGAUCACCGUCUCUAGCUUUCGAGUUCAUAGCGUGCACAAGAUAGCGCACGAUCGCUUGUACACGAUCGCCAUAGGCUGUGGGAUUUGCCUUCUCAUGAGCCUAUUGAUUUUCCCCAACUGGUCGGGCCAAGAUCUCCAUAACUCUACUGUGUCUAAGCUUGAGGGUUUGGCUAUCUCCAUAGAAGGUUGCGUGAAUGAAUACUUCAACAGAAGUGGAGAAGCAGCAAAAGAAGGGGAAGAUAGAGCAAUGUCAGAGGAUCCAAUCUACAAGGGUUAUAAGGCCGUGCUCGAUUCUAAAUCCAGUGAUGAGACUUUGGCACUGCAUGCAAGCUGGGAGCCAUGCCAUUCAAGGCAUUGUUACAAGUUCCCAUGGAAGCAGUAUGUCAAGUUGGGAGACGUUCUUCGCCAUUUUGGUUACACCCUCGUUGCUCUUCAUGGAUGUCUUCACACUCAAAUUCAGACUCCAACGUCAGUUCGAGCUCUUUUCAAAGAUCCAUGCAUUCGGGUGGCCGGAGAGGUAUCAAAAGCACUGAAAGAACUAGCCAACAGCAUUAGGGAGCACCGCCAGUGCUCACCCAUGAUCCUCUCCGACCACCUCCACGAAGCCCUACAAGACCUGGACGCCACCCUGAGAUCCCAGCCUCGCCUCUUCCUUGGCCGCAACACCAACGCCACCACCAACGACCUCGCCCUGGCUGCUGCAGCCAGCAGCCAAAAACCCUCAAAGUACUCCGGAGUCUCUUUGUCAAGUGUUAAGACUGAUUCAUCGGCAUUGCUGGAGUGGAAGAAGUCGAAGAGGGUGGAGGCCGCGGAGAGGAAGGUGUUGAGGCCAACCCUAAGCAAGAUUUCCAUAACAAGCCUGGAGUUCUCGGAGGCACUUCCAUUUGCCGCCUUUGCGUCGUUGCUGGUGGAGGCAGUGGCGAGGCUUGACCUGGUGAUCGAGGAAGUGGAGGAGCUGGGGAGGGUGGCAAACUUCAGAGAGUUCAGUGAAGGAGAUGAUCAGAUGAGUGUAGUUCGCCAGAAACCUGAGAAUGGGAGUGGUCCAGUGCCGAUGGAGAAUCACUUGCCUUGCCAUGUUGCAGAUUGUUGAUUAUGGGGAGCAAUGUGUGUGUGUGUGUGAUUUCUCGUUUUGGGGGUAUCCCUUGUAUACUAGGCUGGAUGGUAUAUCUGUAAACAAAUUUGGGUAUUUAAUUUGUAUGAAUUACUAUAUGAAAUUCUUGGUGAGUGCCAAAAUUUAAAAAAAAAAAAAAAAAAAAAUUAGUGGUGAACGUUAGAAGCGGAUCCUCAUUAUUUUGAUGUGUGUGUGUGUGGAGAGAGAGAUAGAGACCACAGUUGAAGCCACAAUUUAGGUACACAAACAGCAAAUGAAGCACUUGGGGAUCAAAUUUAGUGAUUCAGCCUCUGAACUUUUUUCCUAUUCAGUAACCAAAAUGUGCAGCUACAUAUGUUGGCUGAAAUUUCGACCAACCGCGAGGUUUUACAUACUAUGUUUAGACCUUGGGUUUUGGUGAGGAAGAAGGUAACGGAGAAGUAUCAAAAACUAAGUCAUGAGAACACAUCAUUUAAUAAAGUAUUUUCCCUUGGGGUGCAUCUGCAUCGAGUCUUGUGGAUUUAAAAUUUAUAGAUGAAUUCCGUCUAACUUGUUUAGCUCAUAAAAUAAAUCAAUACAUUUUAAAUCCGCUCAGUUACCUAGUCAUUUUAAAUUCUCUUGAAAUGCUUUAUAAACACCAAAUGAAUUUGAAAUUCUUGUACAAAUUCCUUAUAAAUCCAAAUAAGAGAUAUGAAGUACGUGGCUUUGAAAUCAGAGGAACUUAAAUUCCAUUUAUCUCAAAUUCUUAGCCAAAUCCAAAUCCAACAUUCCAAACACAAUGGUUUCCUCGCUAAAAUCCAAGAAGGAAACACUACUGUAAAGGGAUCGCCUAACAUACGAUGAGAUAUAGGCAGAUGGCUUGACUACGAAAUCAUAAAAGUUGAACCAGGACAGAGUUUUCAUCUUACCGAUCAGCUCAUGUUUCCAAACCUACGAGACGAAUGCCAUUGUUGGAGAUCUCUUGCAGCUUGC